CCGCUCCCGACGACGCCGCCGCCGCAGCCGCCGCCUCCCCUCUGCCUCCCCUCUGCCUCCCGGUGGCUCCUCGCUCUCCUUCCAUCUCUCUCGCCCCCUCUCCCUCCGUCCCGUCCUCGCCGCUCCCCUCACCCCGCCUCUCUCCCCCUCCCCCAGCCCCUCCUCUCCUCACCCCACCCGGCCUCCCUCCCUCCCUCGCCCGCCCGGCGCUCGCAGAGCCGACACCAGGGGGGCUCUCGAUGUAGCACCAUGACAGGCAUCGCCGCCGCCUCCUUCUUCUCCAAUACCUGCCGAUUCGGGGGCUGCGGACUCCACUUCCCCACCCUGGCCGACCUCAUAGAGCACAUCGAGGACAACCACAUCGAUACAGAUCCACGGGUUUUAGAAAAACAAGAAUUACAGCAGCCAACCUACGUUGCCCUGAGUUACAUUAAUAGAUUCAUGACAGAUGCUGCCCGCCGAGAGCAGGAGUCCCUAAAGAAGAAGAUUCAGCCGAAGCUCUCACUGACUCUGUCCAGCUCAGUGUCUCGAGGGAAUGUGUCCACUCCCCCACGCCACAGCAGUGGAAGCCUUACUCCCCCCGUGACCCCACCCAUCACCCCCUCCUCUUCAUUCCGCAGCAGCACUCCGACAGGCAGCGAGUAUGACGAGGAGGAGGUGGACUAUGAGGAGUCGGACAGCGAUGAGUCCUGGACCACAGAGAGUGCCAUCAGCUCCGAAGCCAUCCUCAGCUCCAUGUGCAUGAAUGGAGGGGAAGAGAAGCCUUUUGCCUGCCCAGUUCCUGGAUGUAAAAAGAGAUACAAGAAAUGUAAAACAGAACAAUACCCCGCCCCCCAAGGUUCCUCUGGAGUCCUCUGCACGGUGACAGUUUCAUCAACAGAGACAGACCCAGAUCGUGUCCCGUUUUCAAACACUGAGAAACUCUUAAUGAUGAGGGAGUGCUCACAAAGUAACAUUAAGUGGAAAAAAGGUAUUGAGAGAUUAUUAACUCAAUUAUGUAACUCAAGAUAUAAUUAACUCAAAUAUUAACAGUGAUAGUAUCUGUUCUUUUUUUAUGCUCUUCUGUGUUUUCUGAAUUUCUGCAAUUGUCUAACUGAACAUAUUACUUAAAUGACUGAGGGAAGAGACAAUUCUUUUUUUCCUAAAGACCCCACCCAACUUGCUAGACACCGUGUGCUGGUGUGCAGUGGCCAGUAGGGAACUGCGUGCACCUCAGCCCUCCUGCUUUCUGCGGCUGUUGGGGUGUCCACAUUGCUGCAAGUGGCUUCACUUUUAACCCCCACCAUUACCACGACUACCAUCCCCAGUUUGUUUUCUUACUGUUCUUCCUCCUCAAAUCCACAAGCAACUUCAUCUUCUCCAUUGUGUACAACAUCCAGGCCCCUGGGAAACUGACCAUUGGGCUUAUCCAGGUCAAGUGUCAUGUUGCACACAUGAAGGCCUGAGUACUGACAACAAAGAUCCCAUACAGGUAAGGACAGGAUGGCCCAGCUUGGCCUCUGGACUUCAGGCUUCAUGAUUUGAUUUGGAGUAGACUUUUUAGAAAAGCCUCUAAAUCGCCUGCUAUUGACUGGCCUAAUUCCAUCAGAGGGGACAAGUACUUCCUAAUGGUACAACCCCCCACCUAAGUCCUCCUUUCUACCUCCUACCUUCCCACUUUCUUCCCUUACUAGCUUGAUGUCAGAGCAUCAUUGUAACUCACAGACAGUUUUCUCUGGACUAUUAUCCCAAUCCUUCUUUCCAACUGGUAAGAUUUUUCAAAGACCACCAGCUGGUUGUUGUAAUUAACGAGUACCUGGCACGUUAGGAGACUACAUGAGGAAAUAUGGACUAUGGAAUCGGACAUCCCUGGGUUCCUAUUCCAGUUCUGUAAUUUACAAGCCAUGUGAUCUUGGCCAAGUCACUCACCUCUAGGAGUCAGUUCUUUCAUCCAGAACAUGAGUAUUAAAUAAAGCAGUUGACAUCAGGUACCCAGUAUGAUAAGCUCUUAAUAAAUAUUAGCAACCUUCCUUGCCCUUUUAAGCCUGAUUCCAUUUUUUUCAAAGACCAAAGAAUUUCAGCAGUUUCAGCAUUUCAGGUUUCCGGCCAUUAUUUUUUUUUUUUUUUUUUUUUACUAAUAUUUUUGAAAGAUCAAAUUUGUUUCAGGACUGAUACAAUAAGAAACUUUGGUGGAUCUUUUCAGAGCUCCUCUGGUCUUGUAGAGGAUGUUCCUGCGGCCUCUAACUGAAUGGCUGGAUGGAGGAAAUGUCUUAACAUGGGUCUUACUUGACCUUGUACUAACAUUUGUGAUAAGGGCAACCCACUGACACUUGUCAACAUUUUUAAUCACAGCAGCAAAGACAAAGGAGUGAUGGCACAGCAGGUUCUUUGACCAACCCUGGAAAUACCUUAUGUUUCUAAUUGUGCUUCCUGAUUUUUCCAUAAAGCUGAUGUGUGUGUAGUGCUGGCUGUUUUCCUCACAGUCUCAUGCCAGACAUACAACAUAAUGUUUACAUUCAAGCUGGGAACGGGCCACAGCGCCUGCUGGAAUCCCCUCAGCCGUGGCUUGUCCUUCUCUUGAUGAACGACAGAUCUGACUUCACGUUGGAUUGGCUUCUCUGGUUUUAGCAAUUUCUGGUCUUAAAUCUUUUUUUUAGCCUAAUUAGUUAUAAAAGCCUCAGCCCUCAAUGGAAUGGCUAAGCCCUGACACCGUUAAGAGUUGCUCUGCCUUUUUGUUUCUUGGUUAAUGCUUUUCUGUUUUUGGUUUCCUCUAUUUUCUGACAAGGUUUGAAUGGUUCUAGGGCACAGAGGUAGCUGGAUUACUAAUGAUCUGUCCUGCAACAAGUUCCCCAUGAAAACAAGGACAUGAAAUGUUUUAGUAGCCCUUCAUCCACGGAAAAGGACCCUGCUAGGUGCUCAAUAUUUGUUGAGCUAUAAAUGGGAUAUUACUAAGCAGGCAGGUGCGCAUUUCUAGCAUAUGUAACCCAGGACACUUUCUACCAUAUUAAAGUUGGAAGUCUUUUUCUAAUGGCCAUAAAACUAAUAUUCAUUCUCUUUCUGUCUCUCUGACACACACAAUACAUGGCUUAAAACAAUUAUCUUUUACAGUUCUCUGGGCUGCCUGGCUCAACAAGGUGGUUCUCACCUGGGGUCUCUCACGCAGUGGCUCUAAGACACCAGCUGGGGCUAGAAUCAUCUGAAGGCUCACUUGGGCUCGAUACACACGUUGGCCUCUUCACUCAUGUGCCUGGGCCUCGGAGGGGAUGGAACCGCCAGGGACUGGCAGGACGUAUCUACCCAUCGAACACCUCAGUGGGUCUGAUUCUGCCACUGCCACUACCCUCCCCUUUCCUGCCCCAGCAGGCUCUGAAACCCCCAACAUGCCCCUUAACAAGACUGAAGAACUAAUGUUUGAAAAGAUUGAUGCUGGAAGGACAAGGCUGAGGUACAGAAGGCCUGGAGCCAGGUGUUCAGAGCAGACUGUUUGUCCUGCUUCAAAUCACUGGACAACUUUCAGAUUCUGAGCCAACUGCUACUUGGCACUCCUGGGUUCAACAAAGUCCAGCAGAGUUCUCUUCCAAGGACUUUUUAAAAACAUUAAUGUGCAUUGCACAUCUCUAAUGUAGUGGUAAUAAUCACCAUUUAUAUUUAGUAGCAACCCUUCUUCCAUACUAGUGAGGCAUGAACUUGGGAAGUGCUGUUGUAACUUCAUUGACUCACAGAGACGUACUGAGCAUCUACAGUGUGCCAGGCACUGUGCUAGAUAUUCAUGGGACGACAGCAGGGAGCUGUUUUCUGCGAGCUCUUUAAAGGCAUCCCAUGAAGAGUGAGAACAGUAUUGUGUUGGAAUCCUUUAGCUGGGCAAGGGACUGGGCCUAGCAGGACUGGAUUUAGGUAGUAUUUUAGGAAACAGCUCACUCUCCUAAAAUCUGUGCUUUUUGUUUUAGGCUGUCUUCUGUGCUCCCUUACUCUCUAAUCUGGCAAUUGCUAACUUGGCAAUUAAGACCUAUGCUCAAAUACCACACCUCUGCCAUCCCUUCUUAAAUCUUCCACCAGUUACUUACUACCCUUGAGCCUGUUUCCUCACCAUUUAAUUGGGAUGAGGAUUACUGGUUGUUAAAACUGUAGAGAGUGACUGGAGUCUUACAUAGAAUAUGCUGGUGAGCUAGCAAAACCGAUUAAUAGAAAUUCAGACAGCAUUUUGAUAACUUUAGUAUCCAGAUGCUAAGAAGUCCAAUCUUAGUGACUAACAUUAUAUAAAUAACCUUAAAUUUUUAAAGUUCAUUGUAUGUUUGGAAUGUAAUACUUAAGGUAAGGCCCAGUCUGACCACAGGUGCUUAUUAAACAUAUACAGUUGUACAGUGGGGGCACGAUUUGGGCAACAAGUAGCUCCCACAGUGGCAUCAGAGAUACUGGCUUAGGGCAGAGCAGAAAAUUGACAAAAACUCUGGUUAAGGCAUGGUAGGGAACUGUUAACACAGUUGUCUAGAAGCAAGAUGUAAAUUGAGUUUUCAAAUCAAAAAUUUCUGUACGUCAAACUUUGAGAUGUGCCCUAAUGAUUUUUUUUUUCUUUAGAAAGAUAUUUUGUUGGUCAUGCUGAGGACAUUUGUAUAGGAUUGUUCACCGUUAACUUUAUUUAGAGUGGAAAAGAUUCAGAGGAUUUUCUUUAUACAGUCUAAGUCCUAAAUAUGUAUUUUAUAUAAAAUUGGAAGAAAUCAGUACUUUCAUUUUCAGAGUAAUUGAGGCACAUCUGAAAUUUGGAGUCAGCUGUGUGUGUGGCCAUCCGUACAGCCCAUGAUUGACACACCAGAAUGUCCCUAAGGGUCCCAACUAGAGUCCUUGCAAAAGACUACACUCUAAACAGCUGCCAUCCAGGAACUGCAGUCCAGACCCAAACUGAGGUUUCCCAAGUUUGACAGGCAUUCUGUGAAUCCAUCUAAUAAGAAAUAUUUUCGUCUUCU